ACGUCUCGAGCCACAACGUGUUUAUGAGCAGCAUCAACGGUGUCCAAGUCGGUGUCCCCGGGACGUCGGUGACUGACGAAGCGCUGCUGGCGUGGACGGCCCCCGAGGUACUCGCCGGCGACUCGCCGCCGUCGUUUGCCUCGGACAUUUAUGCGUUUGGCAUUCUCAUGACGGAGCUCGACACGUACCAGCUGCCGUUUGACGACUACGAUUUCGACGACGAAGUUGCGCUCACGACCGCGGUUGUCGAUGGCGGCUUGCGCCCCACGCUGCGCGACGACUGUCAAGUGUGGUACCGAAACCUCGUCGGUCGUUGCGUGGACGCUGACCCGCUCAAUCGCCCGACAGCCGCAUACCUCGUCACGACGCUGCAAACACUGCUCGAUGACGCGUUGCCCGCACUUUAUUAAACAAGUGGCGCUUAAAAUCGCAACAAUGACAUGCAUGUAUGGUCAAUGAACGAGCCA